AUGCCCUCAGAUACUGACAAUGGAUCUAACGCUCCCAACGAGCUCUUUCACUCAAACACACCCGAGCACACUCAGGCUCUGGAGGGUUCUGACACUUCUGCUGGGGACAACCGCAAAGAGCCCUGGCGCGAGCUGCCAGAGUUCAAGUCCGCCAAGGACGAUGUCCAUGUCAGUCAGGUCCGGGACAUGCGCCUUUUUGGCAACAAUAAUGAAUGA